AAAAUGGAUUUCUGGCCGGAAUUUCUCGCUAGCAGUUGGGGAAAAGAGUUCGUCGGCGGCGGAAUCGGCGGCGUUGCAGGCGUCGUCUCCGGCUACCCACUCGACACCCUCCGCAUUCGUCAACAACACUCCACCUCCGGCUCCGCCCUCAGCGUCCUCCGCAACAUCGUGUCCAAUGGCGGCCCCACCGCUCUCUUCCGAGGAAUGGGUGCUCCACUCGCUUCCGUCACUUUCCAGAACGCCGUUGUUUUCCAGACAAACGCCGUGCUCUGCAGUGUGAUCGAUCCGGCGGCGAGUCAAACCCGUCCGCCGUCGUACAAGGCGGUGGCAUUAGGCGGAUUCGGCACCGGAGCAUUACAGAGCCUAAUUUUAACACCCGUAGAGCUCGUCAAAAUCCGUCUUCAAUUACAGGAUUUGGGAAAUUCAAGCCACUCAGACGUGGGUUCGUCUCGGCCCGGGCCGAUGCAGGUUGCGAAGAACAUUUUCAAAACCGAAGGCUACAAAGGGCUAUACAGAGGCUUAACGAUCACGAUGCUCAGAGACGCUCCUUCGCACUGUUUCUACUUUUGGACUUACCAAUUCAUGAGAGAAAAGCUUCAUCCCGGCUGCAGAAACACCGGACAAGAGUCCUUGAGAACGAUGAUCGUCGCCGGCGGACUCGCCGGCGUCGCCAGUUGGGUUUGCUGUUACCCACUCGACGUUGUGAAAACCAGACUUCAAGCUCAGUCAAAAAUUUCGUUUCAAAAGUACAAUGGAAUCAUGGAUUGUUUCUACAAGAGCGUCAAGGAAGAAGGGUACAGUGUUUUGUGGCGUGGAUUGGGAACUGCCAUUGCCAGAGCUUUUGUGGUUAAUGGCGCCGUUUUCUCUGCUUAUGAGCUCAGUUUGAGGUGUCUGUUCAGCAAUGGCGGAUUGCAUACUGAUCAUACGAUUUGAAACGAAAAUGGACGAACAGACAAAAAUCCCCCAUUUCUGUUCGAUUCCAUAGAUGAAGACUGUAAAUAAGUUGAUGAAUUUGGAAUCCUUCUCGACUUAGUUUAAAAU